AUGAACCAAACGCCGAGGGAAAUCACGACACUGGCUCGUAACCCGGCGAACUUCACGCCCGUCGUCGACGAAAUCAACGCAAACGGCGGCCAAGCAGCAGGUAUUAGUGCUGAUCUAUCAGACACAAACAGUGUCAAGUCUGCAUUUGACAAGAUCAACGAGCAAUAUGGGGGAUCGACACUAGCAGCAGCUGUAUUUAACUCCGGGGGCGGAUUCGUCCGCAAGCCGUUCCUGGAGUUGACGGAGGAGGAAUUCGCUUCGGGGUUUGAGAGUCAAGGAAAAGGUGGCUUCAACUUCGCCCAACGCACCCUCCCUCUCCUUCAAAAGGCAACCGGACUCCAACACCCACCUACACUAAUUUUCACCGGCGCAACUGCUAGUCUGAAAGGCUCAGCGUCGUUCUCGGCCUUCGCAUCGGGAAAGUUUGCCCUUCGUGCGUUGGCGCAGAGUCUUGCUCGCGAGUUCGGGCCCAAGGGUGUCCAUGUCUCGCAUGUUAUUAUUGACGGGGUGAUUGAUAUCCCUAGGACCAAGGCGUGGACUUUUGAGCAUGAGGAUGCCAAGUUGGAUCCUGCGGCGGUGAGUUAUCUCCUACUUUCUGCUUUUUUCCCUUCGUCUUCUUUGUCGGGUGGGUUUUGGAUGAAUGAGGGAAAGGCUGAUUGUGUUUUGUAG